AGUAGGAUGUCAACUGAGACAGAACUUCAAGUAGCUGUGAAAACCAGCGCCAAGAAAGACUCCAGAAAGAAAGGCCAGGAUCGCAGUGAAGCCACUUUGAUAAAGAGGUUUAAAGGUGAAGGGGUCCGGUACAAGGCCAAGUUGAUCGGGAUUGAUGAGGUUUCUGCAGCUCGGGGAGACAAGUUAUGUCAAGAUUCCAUGAUGAAACUCAAGGGCGUUGUUGCUGGUGCGCGUUCCAAAGGAGAACACAAGCAGAAAAUCUUUUUAACCAUCUCCUUUGGAGGUAUCAAAAUCUUUGACGAGAAGACAGGGGCCCUUCAGCAUCAUCAUGCUGUUCACGAAAUUUCCUACAUUGCAAAGGACAUCACAGAUCACCGGGCCUUUGGAUACGUUUGUGGGAAGGAAGGGAAUCACAGAUUUGUUGCCAUAAAAACAGCCCAGGCGGCUGAACCUGUUAUUCUGGACUUGAGAGAUCUCUUUCAGCUUAUUUAUGAAUUGAAGCAAAGAGAAGAGUUGGAAAAAAAGGCCCAAAAAGAUAAGCAGUGCGAACAAGCUGUGUAUCAGACAAUUUUGGAAGAGGAUGUUGAAGAUCCUGUAUACCAGUACAUUGUGUUUGAGGCUGGACACGAGCCAAUCCGUGAUCCUGAAACGGAAGAAAACAUUUAUCAGGUUCCCACCAGCCAAAAGAAGGAAGGUGUUUAUGAUGUGCCAAAAAGUCAACCUGUAAGUGCUGUGACCCAAUUAGAACUUUUUGGGGACAUGUCCACCCCUCCUGAUAUAACCUCUCCCCCUACUCCUGCAACUCCAGGUGAUGCCUUUAUCCCGUCUUCAUCUCAGACACUUCCGGCGAGUGCAGACAUGUUUAGUUCUGUACCUUUCGGCACUGCUGCUGUACCCUCAGGUUAUGUUGCAAUGGGCGCCGUCCUCCCAUCGUUCUGGGGCCAGCAGCCCCUCGUCCAACAGCAGAUCGCCAUGGGUGCUCAGCCACCAGUCGCUCAGGUGAUGCCGGGGACUCAGCCCAUCGCCUGGGGCCAGCCGGGUCUCUUCCCUGCCACUCAGCAGCCCUGGCCAGCUGUGGCCGGGCAGUUCCCGCCAGCCGCCUUCAUGCCCACACAAACUGUUAUGCCUUUGCCAGCCGCCAUGUUCCAAGGUCCCCUCACCCCCCUUGCAACCAUCCCAACCACGGGUGACUCCACCAGGGCAAGUCCACAGACCGAGACGCCCAGACAGAAAAUGGGGAAAGAAAUGUUUAAGGAUUUCCAGAUGGCCCAGCCUCCGCCCGUGCCCUCCCGCAAACCCGACCAACCCUCCCUCACCUGUACCUCAGAGGCCUUCUCCAGUUACUUCAACAAAGUCGGGGUGGCACAGGACACAGACGACUGUGAUGACUUUGACAUCUCGCAGUUGAAUUUGACCCCUGUGACUUCUACCACGCCAUCAACCAACUCACCUCCAACCCCAGCCCCUCGACAGAGCUCUCCAUCCAAAUCAUCUGCCUCCCACGCCAGCGAUCCCACCACAGAUGACAUCUUCGAAGAGGGCUUUGAAAGUCCCAGCAAAAGUGAAGAGCAAGAAGCUCCUGAUGGAUCACAGGCCUCAUCCAACAGUGAUCCAUUUGGGGAGCCCAGUGGGGAGCCCAGUGGUGAUAACAUAAGUCCGCAGGCUGGUAGCUAG